AUGCCCAGUAUCAAUCUUCCCUCAUUGUUCAGAACAAAAAGAUUAAAAAGGCAUCCAUGGUUAGCACUAUUGUUUCCUCUAUUUAUUCUUUAUUUGGUUUAUAUAAUUUUCAUCAAGGAAGAUUCAACGAUGUUAGGUCUUGAUGGUAAACCAAUUAGUCAAUAUAAAUUUGCUCAUGAAAGAGAAGGAACAUUUUAUUUCCCAUUCACUAAGAAUUUCAAAAUGCCCAAAUAUUCUUAUAAGAAGAAGAAAAGUUGGAGUUUCUUAAAUAAUCAUGUUCCUGAUAUUAUUCCGGAAGGUCAUAUUGCUCAUUACGAUUUGAAUAAAUUGGUUUCUUCUGCAAAUGCUUUGGAAAACAAAGAACACGUUCUUAUACUGACUCCCUUACAAUCGUUUGAUGAAAAAUAUUGGGAGAAUCUUUUGAAUUUGAGUUAUCCAAGAGAUUUAAUUGAAUUAGGAUUCAUGGUCCCAAAUACUAAGAAAGGUGAUCAAAUCUUGAAACAAUUGGAAAAUGCGGUGAAAAACGUUCAAGGAAUUGAUAAAAAAUUAGGUUCCAAUAAAUUUGCAAAGAUUACAAUCUUGAGGCAAAAGGAUUCAGGUUUCCAUAAAUUUAAUGAUAGGAAAGAUAAGAAGGAAAUGAAUGAUAUUGAAUUAGAGAAAGAGAAAAGAGCAGAAAUGGCCUUGGCUAGAAAUGAAUUGUUAUCGUCUACAUUAAGUCAUAGUACUGCUUGGAUUUUAUGGUUAGACUCAAAUGUCAUUGAAACUCCAAACACUUUAAUUCAAGAUAUGACUCAACAUGAUAAACCUGUUCUAGCGACAAACGUUUAUAUGAAGGAUUCAAAUGACAAGGAUAAAGCUAAUAUUAGACCUUAUGAUUUUAGAAAUUGGAUUGAAAGUGAUACUGCAUUGCAAUUAGCAUCUGAAAUGCCGGAAGAUGAGAUCAUCGUUGAAGGUAUGGCUGGACUUGCUACAAAUAGACAGUUGAUGACCAAUUUUUAUGAAUCAGAUGGUUCACCAACUGAAGAAUUGGCCUUAGAUGGUAUUGGAGCAGCUUGUACGUUAGUCAAAUCUGAAGUCCAUCGUGACGGUGCUAUGUUCCCAAAUUUCCCAUUUUAUCAUCUUAUUGAAUCUGAGGGGUUUGCCAAAAUGGCAAAGAGACUGACUUAUGAAGUUGUUGGUUUACCAAAUUAUCUUGUAUUCGUCAGAUGA